AUGACGAAUAAAAAUAUUAUUUCAUGUGUUACGGCUGUUGGACUGGAAUUAAUAAAAAUUGCUUUGGAUACCUUACAUACAGACAGUAACGAUGAUGAAGCAGAUAUGGUGAUUGAAAAAGCAAACAUUAUUGAAAUUUGGAUUAGAGUUGGCAAUCGAGGUUGCUAUAAGGUUAGGGAACAACGUUAUGUCAAUGAAAUUAUACUAAGAUUUAGUAAUGAAGUGUUCCGUCAACAUUUUCGUAUGACCAGAACAACAUAUGAAAAUCUCGAACGACGAUUAGCUCCGGCAUUGACGCGAAUAGGAAUGAAAGGAAGACCAACAAUAUCAGUUAGAACUCAGCUCUUAUCAUUCUCAGUCAUUCGGCUUCUGGCAACCCCAGAUUCUUUUCAAAUUGUGAAUGCUUUAACUGAUAUAGCAAGUGAUGUAAUUGUAUGGCCAAAAAGAGAUAGACUUACUGUUACCAAAAACAGAUUUAAUGAAAUUGGUGUCCUUCCAGAUAUCAUAGGAGCUAUCGACGGUUCACACAUACCUAUCGUUGCUCCACAUUUUCAAUCUGAGUUAUGUAGAACCAGAAAAUGCCAAUAUGCCCUGACUUUGCAAGCAGUUUGUGAUGCAGAUUUAGUCUUUACAAAUUGUUUUAUGGGAUUUCCGGGUUCUGUAAAUGAUUGCAGGAUAUUUAGAAAUUCUGAUUUAUGGAUGUCUGUACAAGAGAAUCGUACAGAUUUCUUCCCAGGAAAUGAAUAUAUUAUUGCUGAUAAAGCUACCCGUCCUCGGAAGAGCGGGGCACAAGAAGACGAAGUGCUAGUCGCCGCAGUUAGUGAGCGACCUUUCGGCACUGCCCAGGAAGCCAUCAACGCGGCAAAUCUGCCAAUAGCGCAAAGGACCGCCUAG